ACCUGUAACCAGCCCCCUGGGGCUGAGUGGGAGGGAGAGAUGCUCCCCGCCCCCCUGCACACCGGAGAGGGGGCUCACGCUGGCUCUGAUGCUGUGACCAGAGCAGAGAGCUCGCUGCCUGACCCCACUGGGACAGCAAGGGCAGUGCUGAGCACGGGGGGAGCUGAGACCCCAGCUGAGUGCAGGGACACCCAGGCAGGGCAGGUCAGCUGCCAAACAGGUUUGCCUGGUCCAGACGUGCUGCUGGGAAGUGAUUACACAGCAGGGAGGGAGCUACCAGGGACAGGGCUCAGGGGGGCUGUGACCCCAGGCCCAGCCAGCGAAAGGGAGCAGGUCCCACUCCCUGCCCCAGCCGCUGAAUCCCAGACCGAGCUGCAGAGGGAUCCCUCCUUGGAGAAGCUGAGGGAACUUGCUGGCCACAGCGCUGAAAACCUCCUUGGGGAAGGCUGCAGGGACAGAGUCCUGCAGGAGAAGGGAUUCCUGUACCAGGAAUGGGCUCCCCAAGGGGAAGUAGAACUGGGGGGAAUCGGGAGGCAGCUGGUGGUACCCCAGGAAUCCACAGGGUUCUUCCCGUUCGAGCUGCUGGAUGGGAGGAGAGUGAGGGGACCCCUGAACCUGAAGAGGGAGGAUUGGAUGAAGAAGGGGGAAGACCCCCGGGGGGAUCUCUUCCCUGAGGUGGGAGACAAUCUCCCCAUCAGGUGUUCCCCAUUCAGAGUCACUGGGAAAGCAGCCCAGAACCUGGAGAGAGAGGUCAGGAACAUGCUGGCUUUAGAUGGGAUCCAGCCAUUUUACAGCCCAUGGGCCUCACCCGUGGGGCUGAUCCCCAAGGGAGACAGGAAGAUCUGGUUUUAUGGGGGCUAUCAGAAGCUUAAAGCCAUCACAGUGUCCGAUGCCGACCCCGUGCCUAGGCCUGGGGAGAUUCUAGACAAGCUGAGAGGGAUGGAGAACUUGGUCCUGGCAGACACUGAUAACAUGUGCAUCUUUAGCCAGACCUGGGAGGAACAGGUGUCCCAGGUGAAGAGGGGGCUGGGCUGCCUCAAGGAGGUGGGACUGACGGUAAAAGCUGGAAAGUGUAAGGGGGGACGGCAGAGGUGUUGUGUCUGGGCCACAAAGUGGGAAGCGGCUGCCCAAGCCCAGAGCUGGCAAAGGCCAAGAUGGGGGCUCUUAACCAAGAGAGCCUGAAUUGCAGCCCAAAGUGCUGGGAGAAGACCCCGUCCCAGUUUGAACCCCAGGGGUAUUGGGGUAGCAAAAGGGUUCAAGCCGCAUAAACCUUCCCACAUGCGGCCUGCGAGUGCCAUCAAGCACACCCGACCUAAGGGAGGGCGUGAGACUGGACUGUCCUGGUGUAACUCACACCGAGGAAUGGGAGAGAUGCUGGGGCAUCCAUGGGAACAUUGGUGGGUUCGAACUUCCCCAGGUCACUGGCUGGAGUGACCUGGCUCAGUUCGGUCUCAAAGG